AUGGGGAAGGUAGCCGAGGCGGUUAAUGUCGACGCCAAGAUGUACACGUCGUACGACCACCCGUUCACAGAAAGCAUCAUCCAGGUGCCACUCCCAGACAAGUACAAAUCGCCUCCCAUUCCGUUAUAUGACGGAAGGAGUAAUCCGGAUGACCACUUGGAGGUGUACACAGGACAUAUGGUCCUGCAUGGAUACCCCGAGGAGGUCAUGUGCCGAGCAUUCAGGAAUCACCUGUCUGAUUCUGCGAUGAGGUGGUUCAGAUCUCUGAAACCAAACUCCAUCACCAGUUGGGAUGACUUGAAGAACGCCUUUCUGACUCAGUUCAUAGGUGUCAAAAAAUACAUCCCACCCAAACAAAACCUCUCAAGAGUGUACCAGGGACCCAACGAGUACCUGAAGGACUGGAUAGCCCGGUUUGGGGAGCAGGUCGCCACCACUGAGGGAAUCUCCGAUGAGGUGGCCUUGAUGAGGGCGCUAUCGAGUAUGAAGAAAGACAUCCCCUACAGCACAGACCUCGACCGUAGGCCGCCCCAUACCUACCAGGAAUUCCUGACAAGGGCACAGGGGUUCAUCAACGUCGAGGAGGCUAAGAAGGCCUUGAAGAGCAAGGUGACUGCCCUUGCCAAGGAAGAGGUAGGGCAGGUGAGCGGCCAAAACAACGGUAAGAAGUGCCGAGGUCCCCCUCAGGUGCAAGCCGAGCAGAGGUAUAACCCGGCUCUGAGUAACAGAGGUGGCAACGCCUCGACGAGUCAGGGGGAGAACAAGCGGCCGAAGCUGCAACGGUACGACGCCUACACACCCUUAAUUAUGGGGAUCGAAGACGUCUACCAUGAGAUAAGUCAUCUCCAGGUCCUGCGUCGACCGCUGCUGCUGAAGUCCAACCCAGCAAGGAGAAACCAAAACAAGUAUUGUCAGUUUCAUGGUGAGAGUGGGCACACUAUGGCCGAAUGCUACGACCUAAGGGAUGAGGUCGAGAGGUUGAUCCGAGAGGGAAGGCUUAAUGAUUACCGAGCCGACCGUCAGAACAAAAACAACAGACGCAAUAACGACCGACGGGAAGAGUAG